UAAGCCGAAACCUUCGCUCUCAUUCACCAUUUUUAGAGUAAGGGGUCUGUGGAGAACUCGCAAUAUUGGAUCACAGAUUACGUUGGAUUUCCUCACUUUUUCGAGCCCGAAUUCUUCCGAAAAGAUCACAAGAUGAAUGGGAAGAAAGAUAGAAGCAGGCGGAACAAAAAAUCGGAAUCGCCAGCAACCCCGGCAACUCCAGACUCCAACUCAGGAAGGACCAGAAGAACAAAGUUCUCCAAAGAUGAAGAUGCAACAGAUGACUUUGUGAGGCACAAAAAGUUACGGAAUGCCAACAGGAAUGGAAGCAGAACUGCAGUUUCCAGUGAUUCGGGGACCAGUGAGCCGUCAUCGUCAGGAGCAAGUACACCAAGGCCUGGUUCCCUUGAAACCCCGAUGAGAGAGACAAGCACAGAAUCAUCUCCUGUAGGGGAGGUCCAAGAACUGCCAAAAGGGAAAGAAGUGGUGUCAAAGAGGUUGGUUGUUAGUGAUAUUGUGAGUGCCAGGACUACAGAAUCACGGCAAAUGGCGCAAACGGUUAGUGAAGUUACAUGUAAGAGUACGGCUAAAGUGGUCCAGGAUAGUGAAGAUGAUGAAGAAACGGACAGCGCCCUCUCUGGGGAUGAUGAAGCCAUGCAGUCAGAGUCAAUGAAUGAGCCGGUAUCUGCCUUGACUCCUUUAAGAACUGGUGUGAAGAGGCCGGGAGAGUUCCCAGAGUCUGCUACACCCCAGAAGAAGCUAGCUGUUGAUGCCAAAGAAUUGGAAGGCCAGAGGGUACUGGCGAGAAGGGGUGAAGCUUUUUCUCCUGGAACGAUCAAACUUGUCAAAAAGAAGAGCAUUGGUGUGUUGUUUGAAGGGGACCAGGACCUAACUAUGUUUAAUGAUGUUAUGGACUCGGAUCAGAUUUGUAUUGUCAGUGAUAAAGUGCCUCCAGUUAACACACUCAGUAUAGGGUCCAAAGUAUGUGUCCAGAGAGAUGGCAAAGGACAGUAUUUUGAGGCCUUUGUCAGGGAAAUGAGACCAAACUCCAUAUAUCAAAUCAUAAUGGCUUCUCAGAUACGAGAAGGCUCGAGUAGCAGCUCUGAAGACAUGACAGUUCCUCUUUGGAAGCUGAGAAUGUUACGACCUCCGUGGCAGAACCCUCCCUCUGGACCUGUGCAACCUCCUGGAGCAAUUGCCAGACAGCUAACAUACAGUCCCUUUGAAUCCAAGAAUGAAUCUAUUCCACUGCCUAAUCUGCAAUUUGACUUGCAUAAAGUGACACCUCCAGAACAGAAGACACUUUCGGAUCGACUUGUCCAAGACAGGAAUGUCUUUUUCCGUGACAGGCACAUGAGUGGUGAAAGGAGAGUUCAGUUGCCUCUGGAGGAUAUUGGGUCAGAUGACGAGCUCAAGAACUUUGAUAGGCCCCUGGAAUUCCGUGGACGACCAACACUUACUCCAGGAACAACUGGCACAUCCACCCCUGGUUCUCUCUACUCUCCAUUUGAGAGCAGCCUGGCUCGAUUACCUACCAGCUAUUCGAACCGCAAGAGACACAUCAGCAGUGCCAGUAACGCAUCAACCAUCUCCAUUGGUAGCACCCAUUCCCUGACUCCUCCACCAAAGUACAAGAAGGGUGAAGUCAUCUGCAACGCCAAUGGAGUCCGCAAGAAGUUCAACGGUAAGCAGUGGCGAAGACUGUGCUCCAGGGAAGGAUGCAACAAGGAGUCCCAGAGACGCGGUUACUGCUCUCGACAUCUUUCCAUGCAGGGUAAGGACCUGACUGGGGAAGCAUCUUCUGGCCAGGAGCAAGACUGGGACAGUGACUCAAGGUGUUCAAGUGCCAGGACUGUCCGCACAGGUAAGAUGGCUAAUUAUCAAUAUAUACAAUCCUGCACCCAAUUUGCACCUCACAGAAAAUCCCUGAAAAAUCACUAGCAAAUCAUCCCAUGCAUGGAAUAUGUGUGCAAUGGAUUUGUCUGAAAUGUUGAUGUGAUUUCUAACUCCCACUGGCUAAAAGUCUGUGGCACUUUUGGCUACAGGUAUGAUAUUUCUUUUAGGUGAGAGUAAAGAUUUUUUUUUAUUUUUGAAGGGAAAGGGUUUUAUAGGUUUAAUUCAAGCACAUCAAUUUGUUUGUUUCAAUUAUUAAUAUCUUAAAAAUAGGGGAUUCCCUCCUUGUGCUCCUGCACGAUCAUAUUUCUUUGGCUUGGCUCACGAUUUUUGGUAACUAAUAUCUUGGUAUUUCCGGGUUUUCUUCGUGGAUUGAUACUUGCACAGAGUAUGCAG